CGAUAGUGUGUUCAUCCACAAACACAUCGUGUUUAAGUGCAGUAAAGUGUAUGUUUUGAUAUACCGCCUCAUGAUUUUUAUGAACGUAUUUAAUAUCGACCUCAAUCGACUAUGACAAAAUCAAUUUGUUUUUAAAUUUAAAUGUAUUGUGUGUUAUUUUACUACUAGCAUAUGUCAAUAGUAAACAGAUUAGAACUUCCAUUCAAGUAAUUACAAAAUUGGUAUUAUUUGUGUUUAGCAAUAAAUGAAUUAGGCUCUGUUAAAAUGGAGCACGAAUGCGAAGAUUGUUUAAUCUUCCAGCAAACGGAUCUUUUUUCUCAAGGAUUUCCAAUUGUAGAAGAAAUUAGACGCCAAGGAAAGUUGUGUGAUGUGACUCUAAAAGUUGAUGAUGAGUCAUUCAGCGCACACAGAAUAAUCUUGGCAGCAACUAUACCAUAUUUCCAUGCCAUGUUUACUAAUGACAUGCUCGAGAGUAAGCAAAAAGACAUUGUCAUACGUGGAAUCGAUCCUGGGGCCCUAGAAGCACUAAUAAACUUCGCGUACAGUGGGCGCGUUGCGCUCGACAACAAUAAUGUGCAGUCGCUGCUGGCCGGAGCAUCGUUCCUGCAGCUGACAAAGGUGCGGGACGCCUGUGCGCAGUUCCUCAAGAGACGGUUCCACCCAAAUAAUGUGCUGGGUAUCCGCUACUUUGCGGAUGUCCAUGGCUGUGCCCCGCUCGUGGAAGCAGCCGAGAAGUACAUCCAGCAGUACUUCUGUGAAGUGUCGUUGUCUGAAGAGUUCCUGAACUUGUCUUGCGCAGAGGUCUUGGACAUUGUCAAAAGUGACGAGCUGCAUGUUGUCUCAGAAGAACAGGUGUUUGAGGCGGUGAUGCGGUGGGUGAGCAAGGACGGCGGCAGCAGGAAGCAACACCUGCCGCAGCUGCUGGCCAAGGUUCGCCUGCCCCUGCUCACGCCUCAGUACCUCACGGACCGCGUCGCCGUCGAGGAGCUGGUCAAGACGUCCCACGAGUGCCGGGAUCUGCUUGACGAGGCUCGAGACUAUCACCUCAUGCCAGAGAGACGACCCUUGCUCCAGAGCUUCAGGAAGCGUCCCCGCAGUUGCAGUUGCGUCAUGGGCAACAUCUUCGCAGUGGGCGGACUCACCAAGACAGGAGACUCCCUGAGCACGGUGGAGGUGUACGACCCGGCGGUGGACACCUGGCAGAUGGCCGAGGCCAUGAGCAUGAUGCGCAGCAGAGUGGGGGUCGCCGUCAUGCACAACAGGCUGUAUGCGUUCGGCGGCUACAACGGCUAUGACCGCCUCUCCACCGUCGAGGUGUUCGACCCGCAGAAGAAGGCCUGGGGCCGCGUCGCCUCCAUGCAGUGCAAGCGCAGUGCGGUGGGAGCUGCCGCCCUCAACGACCGGCUCUACGUGUGCGGGGGCUACGACGGGGUCACCUCCCUCAACACCGUGGAGUGCUACAACCCUGAGAGGAACGAGUGGACCUACCUGGCCAACAUGACUCGACACCGCAGCGCCGGGGGCGUCGUGGCGUUCGACGCCCACAUUUAUGCCUUGGGUGGCCACGACGGCCUUUCCAUAUUCGACUCUGUGGAAUGCUACAGCCCUCAGACGGGCAAGUGGACUUCAGUCGGCCCCAUGCAGACAAGACGAUGCCGCCUGGGAGUGGCAACCCUCAAUGGGAAACUGUAUGUCUGUGGUGGGUACGACGGCUCCACCUUCCUGCAGACGGUAGAGAUGUACGACCCAGACACCAACCAGUGGCAGUACGUGGCGCCACUGAACGUGAUGAGGAGCCGUGUGGCGCUGGUGGCCAACAUGGGCAAGCUGUGGGCAAUCGGCGGCUACGACGGAGUGUCCAACCUCUCCACGGUGGAGGUGUACGACCCCAGCGCCAACGCCUGGUCCUUCGUGUCGCCCAUGUGCGCCCACGAAGGAGGGGUGGGCGUCGGCGUCAUCCCAACAUUCUGACAGCGAGCCAGGCAUUCCGAGUGCAGCUAGUUGCAACUGCAUACAAGUGCAAGCUAAGCAAGUCUUAGUCUUGUCUGAUUAUUUAUUGGGUAUAUUUUGGGGUUGCCUGGUAAUAUCAGCUAAUCAAACCAGAGUAGAACUAUUUAUUUAUUUAUUUAUAUUUUUUUUGUAUGUAGAAGAGUUGUAAAAAAUGUGAGAUGCUUCUAAGUAAAACUUUUGAUUUUUAUUUAAUAAAGUUAAUCAAAAUAUUUUUAUACAGUAGAACCAAGCAUUCGGUUAACCGGGUUCUCAAUUUAAAAUUAAACUUGGGGGGAAAGGGACCAAGUCUGUGGUGUAAUUCAUUAGGGAACGGACAAGAAAGGAGUAAACUACGUAUUAAAAGUAGAAACAGACAAAGAAACUGAAUAGAAUCGCCCUUACACACUUUUACUGUCUUGUAUAGCCUUAAAAAAAAAUUUUUUUUAGUUAAAUUAUCUGUGAUUUUUGCUUAUCCAUGCUGACUUGCCCUCACAUUACCCCGGUUAAUCAAUUUUCUACUGUAUAUGAAAGUUAAGUUGCAAUACUGGUGGUGAAUAUUGUUUUAAUGAGUGCACUAAUUGCAAAUUAAUGCACUCAACUAUGGAGCUGUGUGUAAAAAGUAAAUCAUUGUUUAAAUUAAUAAUUUUUUUUUAUACUUAUUAAAUUUUGUUUUCGGAUGGCUGCACCAUUUUAAGUGGAAAUGAUAUUGCAGCAUCUGCCUUGUUCGUGAAUGUUCACUAAAUAUGUAUGAUGAUUUGAAUUGAAUUGUUCAUAUAUUUAAUUAUUGUUCAAAAAAAUUAUAUUUACAUUAAUUUGGCAUUUUUGAUUACUUAUGGAAAAUUGUGCAUUUCUGUAAAAUGUUUUGUAUUUUACCUCCAUUAGCCAAACUCCUCUACUUCCCCCCCCCCCUUUUUUUUCUCAAAAAUAAUCUCAUAUAGUUUAAAACUUUAUAUAAGUCCCCAAAAAAAAGUCAAGCUUUUCUUGUCAAAGACACCGAAAAUAGUGUCAAACAGAUUUUUUAAAUCUUAGGACAUCGUGAUUAAAAAAACUGAAAGAAUGCUUUUAAAGGGAUACAUGUAACUUUAUUUCAGUAGAUAUCCUAAAACCAAAAGCCCUUUACUUCAACAGUUUUGACAAUUUGUGCCAUGUCUUUUGGGUAAGGCAGAAUAAAGUCUUUAUCAGCUGA